UCCAGUUCUACGCCCACUUUAACUGCCUCUUCGUCAUCUGCCUCCUCGGACUCCAGCUCAUCUACGGCCUCAUCGGAUUCGCGUUCCACUUCGUCCGGAUGCUCUGAUCAGGACGGUCCGCGCCAACGGGUCUCGAGUGCCGAUCUACUGGGACCUCGUCGACGUUCCUCUCACAUCGACAGGCCUGUACCAAUUAGCGAGAGAAUGUCACGUCACACUCGCCAUUUUGAUGAGUCUACCAGUCGAAAGCAUCAACAUCAGCAUCGACAUCGUCGACAGCGACGCCAGGUCACUGCAAAUGGAAAAGGACCGAAUUCUGUUAGUCCAUUGCCUCCGUCGGUGCCGACGAUUCUGUGCAAUGCUGGCCAACAGACGGACGAGGCCAGUCUGCUCAGGGUUGCAGGUGUCUUGGAUUUAGGAAACGGACAUGCCGCAGGCACGAAUGUCAACUCUCGUCUUGAUGACGAUGAAUGGGAGCUCGUGGAAUGCAACGAAUCCGACUGCGAAGAAUGCCAUAGUGCCGAUUCGAAUGGUGCCUUGGUUACUGGGCCUCUGCAAUCGACCAGACAUUCGUCGUCAACUACGGGGCCGUUUUCUCCAUCGGGCCUUCCUCUAACCUGUAUUGGCUCGAAUACCAGUGCUGCUGGAAGUUCUAGCAGCGGUGCUGGUGGAGGUGGCAGUCGGAUUGGACUACCUGAUGGAGGGAUGACUUCAUCUGAAGCUGGGGGUCCUUCGGAAAUGAUACGUUUUUCUCCCGAUUCCCAAGACCCACUCUCCAGCAGUCUCCGAGGCUACCAUAUUUUUGACAGAAUCCCUCCGGCCACUGGACACAGCACAAUUGGCGAGCAUGGGCAUCUGCCCAGUGAAAGUGCCCUACCUUCGUUGCGCGCCUACCUUCCAUACCAGAUGAGCCAACUGCAGUCUGGCUUGGUUCGAGUACCGAUCUGUGGUGGAAAUAGCAGUGGCGGCAGUGCUAGCGGACUCGAUACGACUGCCAUCAGGUCGGCGGACCUAUCGCGCCAGGGUCUUGUGGUCGGAGGCAGUCAGUCUACUGGGCCGGGCAGUUGUGGCAAUGUUGCCAAUUCUGGUGGGACUCGGGCCCAGGUUCCAGCAAGUGGCAAUGGUUGUCAGGGUCAACCCGUGAGAUUUGUACAAUCCGCCUAUCCAAUUGUCGCCACCACAACUGUUGCCAGUCCUUCGCUGAUGUCCCACGCUCAGCCAUCCUCGUAUCCGGUCCACUGCUCGAUUCCCAAACCCGUGGCAUUCGGACAAAUCUUUUCGGGUCAUCCUCCGACCUCUAGUCUCGCCACAACCAGCCCCAUCUCCUCUCUUCAGGCCACGGGUCUAGCCGUAAAUGUAUUUGGUUUCAAGGCCGAUUCUAAUGGCAACAGUUCGCCAGUUGUCACAGCAACGGGCUCAGAUGCGACCUCUUUUCUCCAGACGGACGGAUUCGGUCUGGUUCAAAGGCAGCACUCAUAUGGAUCGUCUUCUUCGGGACGCGGAGAAGCUGUUGGCGACACUGUCGGGCUGUUGGGCCAUUUCAGAGGCCAACGAAAAGACAGCUUGUCUUAUAAAUUUUUAUUCUAUUCUCGUGCUUUUCUCUUCCUUCCUCGGGUUUCUUCCUCAGGAGGCGGUCACUCGAAUUCCUCCUCUUGCUCUAAUUCAUCUAUUGCCCCGUUUCCACACGCAGGGCAAGCUCUUCUUUCCCCCACAGGACCACCUCAUUUGAUGCCUGGCCCCAUUCCAUCUGUAGGAUUAGAAGUUACUGCCAAUAGUGGAUUUAUACCUCAUGGAUUUGACGGCACAGCUCUUCUUUCCCCGACAGGACCACCUCACCUGAUGCCUGGCCCCAUUCCAUCUGUAGGAUUAGAAGUUACUGCCAAUAGUGGAUUUGUACCUCAUGGAUUUGACGGCACAGCUAGCACUGGUUUUCGUUAG